AUGGCUGCUCCAAGCGCUAGUACGUCUUCAUUCGCACAGUCAUGUCCACCACGUAUCGAGCCGCAGUAUGUUAGGAUUGUGGGCGAUUCUGUAGGGGUUGUUAAUCUUACUCCUGCUGCUUUACAGUGCCUUGCCGACAAGCUAACACAAUGCUUAAUCCGAUGUUCAAUGGCUGCUCGCCAACUUGCGGUCCAUGGUCGAAGAAGAACUGUACGGGUCGAAGAUUUAGAAUUAGCCCUUCGGUCUUAUGGACUACAGAUGCCUAUUGGUGCUCUUACUCGCUCACUGCCCUCUAUCCGGCAAUUACAUAUGCCUGGUGGGGAACAGCUCUAUGUUAGAGAAGAUGCGGAUCUCGACGUCCCCGCUCUCACUCAGCCUCCAUUAGUAAAAGUUCCUGUUAAACGGCAUAUCCGAGUUCACUGGAUAAGAGUAGAUAGCGAAGAAGAGCCUCCACCAGAGAAAAAGGCUAAGAAAAUCUCUCAAGGAAGUGGAAUCACUUCUGCCGAUCUACCAGCUGCUUUGAGAAAAAGGCGAGUCUUCUGCAAUUACUCUGCAGCACCUUCGAUCUCAUACCGAUUAGCUGCUCAGGGUGUUCCCCGUAAAGAGCAGAUCCUUAUCAAGCCAUCCUUUGUUGAGCCGCUAUCAGUGGAGCAGCAAGUCUAUCUUAAAGAAAUUGUCGAAGCUUGUGUUGGUCAAGAUGAUCGAAAGCGCCAACAAGCGUUGCAGUCGCUGGAAAGAGAUACCGGUAUACAAGUGCUAUUACCACGAUUAUCACGUCUCAUCUAUACAUCUGUAAGUUCUAAACUAUCUUGCACUCUUUAG